CAACAGAAGAGAUGUAGCGUAGCUUUGCUGGGACUUGGUGUGCUCAGUCGUCUGUGGCUCUUUGACUGCGGAGCAUUUUGGGCCGAAUCUCAUCGCAAAAUGGGACGAGCCGCUUGUAAUCUUUUGCACUACGACGCAGUGUGAAUGUGUCGCGUAAUGCGAUCGCGAGGAGGAGUUGCCUUUUGGGGGGGAAACGUUAAUGUUGCGGGACGCUUUUCGCCGCGGAGGAGCUAGUUGCUAGUGCUGGCUAGUGGCUGGUUGCGGCUACUCGGCACGUCUUUUUUUUUCUCGCAAGGAUGCUCCGAUGGAUACGACAGCAGCUGGGCUUUGACCCGCCCCACCAAAGCGACACCAGGACGGUUUAUGUCGCAAACCGCUUCCCGCAGCGCGGUCACUACAUACCUCAACGUUUUGCCGACAACCGAAUCAUAUCAUCAAAGUACACCAUUUGGAAUUUUGUCCCCAAGAAUCUGUUCGAGCAGUUCAGAAGGAUAGCCAACUUUUACUUUCUCAUCAUCUUCCUCGUACAGUUAAUGAUUGACACUCCGACUUCCCCCGUCACGAGCGGCCUGCCCCUUUUCUUUGUCAUCACGGUAACGGCUAUCAAACAGGGCUACGAGGACUGGCUGAGACACAAGGCCGACAACGAGGUGAACGGCGCCCCCGUGUUUGUUGUCCGCAGUGGAAGCCUGGUCCAGACAAGAUCCAAGAACAUCCGGGUGGGGGAUAUCGUACGCGUCGCUAAAGACGAGACCUUUCCGGCCGAUCUGGUGUUGCUGUCAUCGGACCGUUCGGAGGGCACCUGUCACAUUACCACCGCCAGCCUCGAUGGAGAGACCAAUCUCAAGACGCACUUCUCGGUAGCAGAGACGGCAGUCUGUCAGUCGGUCUCCCGACUGGAGACCUUGCAGGCUGUCGUCGAGUGUCAGCAACCGGAAGCUGACCUCUACAGGUUUGUUGGUCGAAUAACAGUGACUCAGCACGGGGAGGACGUUGUCAGACCACUAGGUCCGGAAAACUUGCUGCUACGAGGGGCCAGGUUGAAAAAUACCAAAGAGAUAUUCGGUGUCGCAGUUUAUACGGGGAUGGAGUCCAAAAUGGCCCUCAACUAUAAAUGCAAGUCUCAGAAACGCUCUGCAGUGGAGAAAUCAAUGAAUACCUUCCUAAUCAUCUACCUGGUCAUCCUGCUGGUGGAGGCCGUCCUCAGCACCAUUCUGAAAUACGCCUGGCAGGCUGAGGACAAAUGGGACGAGCCCUUCUACAACCAAAAGACCGAUCAAGAGAAAAACAGCAGCCCGAUUUUGAAAUUCAUCUCAGACUUCUUGGCAUUCCUGGUUCUCUACAAUUUCAUCAUUCCCAUCUCACUCUAUGUCACUGUGGAGAUGCAGAAGUUCCUUGGUUCCUUUUUCAUAGGCUGGGAUUUAGACCUGUACCAUGAGGAGAGUGACCAGAAAGCUCAGGUCAACACCUCAGACCUCAAUGAAGAACUCGGCCAGGUGGAAUAUGUGUUUACCGAUAAGACGGGCACCUUAACAGAAAAUGAAAUGCAAUUCCGGGAGUGUUCCAUCAAUGGGAUCAAGUAUCAGGAAGUGAAUGGCAAACUUGUGCCGGAGGGUCGAACUGACGAUUCGCCGGAUGGCUCGACGCCAAGCUUGGUUGGAGAGGAAUUGCUAUUUCUCAAAGCGGUGUCAUUGUGUCACACAGUCCAGAUCAGCUACGACCAGCCAGACUGCCUCUCUGGCGCAGGAGAUCCAUUCUCCCACGUCAACGGAUUUUCCGCCAACGAAAUGGAAUAUUACGCUGCCUCACCAGAUGAGAAAGCUUUAGUGGAGGCAGCGAAGAGGAUCGGCGUGACCUUUACCGGGAUCAGAGGCGACACGAUGGAAAUCAAAACGUUGGGCAAAGCAGAGAAAUAUAAACUGCUCCACGUGUUAGAGUUUGAUGCCAACCGCAGACGGAUGAGCGUCAUCCUCGAGAGCCCUUCAGGUGGCAAAGUGCUGUUCACCAAGGGAGCAGAGUCGGCCGUUCUUCCUUUCGCCACCAGCGGGGAGAUCGAAAAGACGAGGAUUCACGUCGAUGAGUUUGCCUUGAGAGGGUUACGGACCCUGGUGGUCGCGUGUCGCCACUUCAGUCCGCAGGAGUAUAUUGAGGUGGACAAGCAUUUGAACAGCGCCCGCACGGCGCUGCAGCAGAGGGAGGAGAGACUCCAGCAGGCCUUCGGCUACGUCGAGAAAAACCUGCGGGUCCUCGGAGCCACGGGGGUGGAAGACAAGCUCCAAGACAAAGUUCAGGAGACCAUCGAGUCCCUGCGCCUGGCGGGAAUCAAAGUGUGGGUGCUGACGGGCGACAAACACGAGACGGCGGUCAGCGUCAGCCUCUCCUGCGGUCACUUCCACCGAACCAUGAACGUCCUGGAGCUGCUGCAGCAACGCUCGGACAACGAGUGCGCCGAGCAGCUGCGCAGGCUGGCUCGAAGGAUCAAAGAGGACCACGUCAUCCAGCACGGACUGGUGGUGGAUGGAGCCAGUUUAUCUUUGGCUUUGAGGGAACAUGAAAAGCUCUUUAUGGAAGUUUGCAAAAACUGCUCGGCGGUGCUGUGCUGCCGCAUGGCCCCCCUGCAGAAGGCCAAGGUGGUGCGUCUUUUAAAAAGCUCCCCAGAGAAACCGAUCACCUUGGCCGUCGGGGACGGAGCCAACGACGUCAGCAUGAUUCAAGAAGCCCACGUUGGCAUCGGCAUUAUGGGAAAGGAAGGUCGCCAGGCCGUGAGAAACAGCGACUAUGCAAUUGCCAGAUUUCGAUUUCUGGCAAAACUACUGCUGGUCCACGGUCACUUCUACUACAUUCGAAUCGCCACACUCGUGCAAUACUUUUUCUAUAAGAAUGUGUGUUUUAUCACACCCCAGUUUUUAUACCAGUUCUUCUGCCUGUUUUCACAGCAAACCCUGUACGACAGCGUUUAUCUGACGCUGUACAACAUCUGCUUUACCUCACUGCCCAUCCUGGUCUACAGUCUCUUUGAACAGCUUGUUCAUCCACACGUCCUGCAGACUAAACCGGUCCUGUACAGAGACAUCAGCAGGAACGCUCUGUUAUCUUUCCGGACGUUCCUCUACUGGACGGCCUUGGGCUUCUGUCACGCUUUUGUCUUUUUCUUUGGCUCCUACACGCUGAUGGGCGAAGACACCACGCUGAUGGGCAACGGGCAGAUCUUGCGAGCUAACAGGCAGCUGAUGUUUGGCAAUUGGACUUUUGGGACGUUGGUCUUCACGGUCAUGGUCAUCACUGUCACGUUAAAGCUGGCAUUGGAGACUCACUUCUGGACAUGGAUGAACCAUUUUGUGACGUGGGGCUCCAUUGCCUUCUACUUCAUCUUCUCUCUCUUCUACGGAGGAAUCAUCUGGCCGUUCCUCCACACGCAGGACAUGUAUUUUGUCUUUGUGCAACUGCUGUCCAGCGGCUCGGCCUGGUUCGCCAUCAUCAUCAUUGUCGUCACGUGCCUAUUUCCCGACGUGGUGAAGAAGGUCUUCUACCGACAUCUGCGGCCCACCGGCACACAGAAGAGUCAGGUAGAAGGGGCGGCAAAUGGAGUUGGGGGGGGGGGGGGGGGGGUUGGGCAAUCUUCUUGUCAAAUGAGUCAUUGACGGAGCGCACGUCUGGCAGAAUCUCACCAAAAA